GCAGUUAGCUGUCGGAGGAGAGCCAUGGCAGGGCAGACCAUAUUUGUUCGCUCUCUACCAGAUUCAGCCACAAAUGAACGACUUGAGGAAAUAUUCUCUGAAAUUGGUCCAGUGAAACAAUGCUUCGUGGUCAGAGAAAAAGGUGCAGACAAAUGUCGGGGGUUCGGAUAUGUCACAUAUUCCAUGGAGGAAGAUGCACAGCGAGCUUUGAAGGAAAUAAAGGAGUACGACGGAAAAAAAAUGCAUCUGACUGUAGCAAAGAAGAAACUUAAAGACAAGCAGAAAGCAGUUAAAGAGACAGCUCCACCAGCCGAUCGAAACGAGCAGAAAAUUAAUGGCAUGAGGAAACAACUGCUUAAAUCAAGGCUUAUUAUAAGGAAUCUUAGUUUUAAGUGCACAGAGGAAGAUCUAAAAGAGACAUUUGGAAAGUUUGGAUCAGUCCUUGAGGCCAAAAUUCCCCUCAAACCUGAUGGAAAGAUGCGGGGAUUUGCAUUUGUCUUGUUUAAAACUGUGUCUGGAGCUGCAAAAGCGCUUAAAACAUUGAACCUGAAGGAAAUAAAAGGUCGUCAAGUAGCAGUUGACUGGGCUGUGCCAAAAGACAAAUUUCUCGCCUCUCAACAGUCCUCAAGUUCAGGCAACAAGAACAAAGAGGAGGCUGUUACAAAAACAGAAAGUGACACUGAAGAUGAAGAGGAAGGAAAGAAACAAGCUGUGGCUGGGAAAAAUAAAUUUGGUUCAAAAUCAUCCGUGCAGCAAGUGGGAGAGGAGCCGUCAUGUGAUGAAGACAGCAGUGAGGAGGAUGAGGUUAAUGAUGAGGAUGAUGAGGAAGAUGAUGAGGAGGAUGAUGAGGAGGAGAAUGAUAGCUGUAGCGCUGGUUCAAAUUCUGAUGAAGAGGAGGAGAACGAUAGCAGUUGCCCAGAUUCAAAUUCCGAUGAAGAAGAUGAAGACGAUCAACUGGCUCAAAAGAAAACCAAAAAGAAAAUUCUUCCAUCAGAUGUGAAAGAGGGUCGAACAGUUUUCAUCCGAAACUUAUCCUUUGAAACGGAUGAGGAAGGUCUUGAGGAAGUUCUGCUGCAGUAUGGAGAGCUCAAUUACGUAAAGGUUGUUCUCCACCCAGACACAGAACAAUCUAAAGGCUGCGCCUUUGCUCAGUUUAAGACAAAAGAGGCUGCAGAUAAAUGUAUGGCGGCAGCCCAAAAUGAGACGGAGAAUGGCGGCAUCCGUGUGGAUGGCAGAAAGCUGUUUGUUGUUGCUGCUGUGAGCAAAGAAGAUGCCGUGAAGCUGAAGGUCGAAAAGAAGAAAGUGGAGACAGGCAGCAGAAACUUGUACCUGGCCAGAGAGGGAUUGAUCCGACCUGGAACCAAGCCUGCAGAGGGUGUAUCAGAGGCAGACAUGGAAAAAAGAGCUCGGUUUGAGGAAAUUAAGCGGGCCAAGCUCCGUGACAUCGGCGUGUUUGUGUCAAAGACUCGUCUGUGUGUCCAUAACCUGCCAAAGUCAGUGGACAAUAAAAAACUCAAAGCGCUCUGCUUUCAAGCUGUGAAAGGAGUCAAAGGUUUCCGCAUAACAGAGUGUCGGGUCAUGUACGACAGGAAGCCAGAGAAGGGGAAGGUAAUGGGACAGUCACUGGGCUACGGCUUUGUUCAGUUUCAGAGCCAUGAACACGCUCUGAGCACUCUUCGCUUCCUAAACAACAACCCUGACAUCUUCGGCUCACACAAGAGACCCAUUGUUGAGUUUUCUCUGGAGGAUACAAGGAAGCUGAAAUUAAAAGAAAUGCGACAUCAAAAAAACAAGGACUUUGCCCAAAAUCAGAUGUUGAAGGGAGGAAUGAAACCUAAUUUCCAAAAAUCUGCAGAUGGCAGAGGACAAGUGAUGGGUGGAAAUAAAGGACAGUUCUUUUCAGAGCGGAGAGGAAAAGAGCAAGGUAUUUCCGACAAGAAGAAAUCGGACCAACGCUUCUCAGGUUUCCAGACCAAGCCAGAGGUUGAACAUGUAGAUUUGAAGAAUGGGAAAAAAAGAAAGAGCGUUUUACCGUUUCCCUCCCAUCGGGGGCCUAAGAUCAGAAUGCGUGAUAAAGGAAAGCAGCAGGUCCCACCUCCCAAGAAAGCAAAGCUCGGGUCCAAACAGAACGAGCAUCAAAGGCGACAGAUUGCAAAGCCCAUGCAGCCCAAAAACAAGGUGAAGACUUCUAAGAAGCAUUUCCAGAACCGAGGAGGGGACCAUUUUGAUAGUCUGGUGGAGCAGUAUAAGAAGAAACUGAUGGACAGCGGCAGCAAGAAUGCAACAAUCAAAAGGAGCAAGUGGUUCAAUAGUUAA